AUGGCCCCUUCCAGGCUUUUCCCUCCCACAAGGCUGCUGACAACCACACGCUCGGCCACCCGCACCCCGCUCUCGCCCCGCGCCAGGCUCUCGUCCUCCGCCACCGCUCCUCCUCGGCCCCGGCGCAAACUCAGAUGGACUGGCCUCGCGGCGGGUGCUGCGCUUGCGACGGGAGCGCUGGUGUUCGCCAACGACGCCCGGGCGGGCGCGAACGAGCUCGAGGCGCUGCACGACAGGACUGCCGGGAGCGUCGGGGCGGAGGGCGCGCGCGAGCGGGUGCGGGAGACGAUGGUCUCGCUCGUGCGCACGUACGUCGUCUACUCCUUCUGCUCCGUCCCCGCCCUCGUCGACGCCGCGCCCGCGAUCCUCGAUGCGCUCCUGGCUGUUCCCGGCCUGCGAGCCGUCACGGAGGCGGUCGUCCGCACGACGUUCUUUGGUCAGUUCGUGGGGGGAGAGACGGCGGAAGACGCGCUGCCGUUGAUUGAGGAGCUCCGCCAGCAGAAGACGGGGUGCUUGUUCGCAUACAGCGUGGAGGUAGACGAGGCGGAGGCGUCGGGGCACGGGAAUGACGCCGGCAAGCCUCCGUCGUCUGUCCACAAACAGAUCGUGCAGGAGACACUGCACUGCAUCGACGUCGCAGCCGAUUACGAGGACAAGCACACACCUGGAACCGUCGGGAGGCGGACCUGGGUUGCGAUUAAGCUGAGCGCGAUGGUACCGGACGCGGAGACUUUGCGCAGGUUCUCCAAGUUCCUCGUCGACACCCGUCCGCCCGUGCAGCCACCCGUCGCGUUUCCCGGCGCGCCUCUCCCUUCGGACCUCGACGUGCUCGCAGACGGCCGUGCGACGGGUCCGCUGACCGACGCAGACAUCGUCGCGCUUCGAGAACUGCGGCAGGAUCUGGAAGCGAUCUGCGCGCGAGCGAAGGCUCGCGGGGUGCGGAUCAUCUUCGACGCGGAGUACAGUUGGUACGAGCCCGCCAUCGACGCGUACACGCUCGACAUGAUGCGCCGGUUCAACAAGCUCCCCUCGCCCGCCAACGCCAAGGCGUCGUGGUUCGGCGGCGCCCCCGCGGCGGCGGAGACAGACGCAGACGCGGGCGUGCAGCCGCUCGUGUACGCGACGUACCAGGCGUACCUCCGGCGCACGCCGGAGUACCUCGUCCAGAGCAUCGCCGCCGCGCGCAGGGAGGGGUACGCGCUCGGGGUGAAGCUCGUCCGCGGCGCGUACCACCCGCACGAGGUCGCGGCGCACCCCGCCGCGGGCGAGGCGCACGCGCUCUCGCUGUCGAUCUCGCCCGAGCCGGCGCCGCCGGUGUGGACGGCGAAGGCGGAGACGGACGCGCGGUACGACGCGGGCGUGCGCGCGCUCGUGCGCGCCGUCCGCGCGGACGUCGAGGCGGGCAAGGGCAAGACGGCGCCGCCGACGAUCGGCGUGCUCUUCGGGACGCACAACUGGACGAGCGCGGAGCUGAUCCCGGAGGAGAUGGCGAGGGCCGGGCUCGCGCGGAAGGAGGCGGACGGGACGGUCGUCGUCCCGGACGAGGUCGCGGAGCGGGUGACGAUGGGCCAGCUCUUCGGGAUGACGGCGGUGCUGACGACGCACCUCGCGAACCGCGUGCACGCGUCCGCGCCGUUCGUGAUCAAGUACAUCCCGUACGGCGCGCUCUCCGAGGUGAUGCCCUACCUCGGACGGCGCGCGAUCGAGAACAAGUCGGUGCUGGGCAACGGCGCCGCUGCGGAGGAGCGGCGGCGCGCGGCGGCGGAGAUCGUGGCGCGGGUGGUCGGGUGA